UUUAAGGGGUCCAAUAGGGACAAAAUAGAGAUACUUGUUUGCUUUAAUAUUAAAGUAUAGUGAGUAGAGUGACAAUUACAGUGAAAAUUGAGUGACCUCUAAUGUAAAUAAAAAACAACUUCAUCGUGUGUCUCCCUCAUAAAAGUGAAUGAAAUGACAGUAAUGGCAAUGGCGAUAUAAAUCCUCACAUUCAAGCCUGUUUCCAUAACGCAUAUCCGCCCCCCCUCCUUUAUCACCACCCAUUUCCACCGUAUUCCCACAGAGAAAAAAUGGAACAAGAGCUUCAAAAUCUCUCCACCGCCACCGAAGAAUUUUCUGAUGGGAUCGACAGCUGCUGUUCCACUCCCUACGUUAGUGCACCUUCUAGCCCAGGCCGCGUCACCUCCUCUGUUGGCGGCUUCUAUUACAGUGCGCCCUCCAGUCCUAUGCACUUCGUCACAAAUUUGAUUUCCGUUUCUUCCAGUGGUGUUGAAUCUUCCCCUUCAUUUGAGUUUGAUUUCUCGGCACAGCUGGCCACCAAUGGCGGUGGGGACUCUGAAUCACCUGAAUCCAUGUGCUCUGCCGAUGAAUUGUUCUUGAAUGGCCAGAUCCGUCCCUUGAAGCUCUCCACCCAUCUCCAGAGACCACAAGUUCUGUUCCAUGUGGACGAAAUAAAUGAUGUAGAACAUUCUGUGCUUGAGGAUGAUGAGAAACUUGUUCGUGGGAGGGACUUGAAGUUCCGGACCGGAUCAAGGAGGACUAGAUCUAUGUCUCCUUUGAGAACUACGUCUUUGGAGUGGCACGAAGAUGAAGAAAAUGCCGAGACGAAAAGGCAAAAUGAAGAAUCUAAGCACGAAGCUUUGGGGCUGGAUGAAACACCAGCAUCUGCAUCUGCAUCUGCCUCUGAAUCUUCCUCGAGAACUUCUUCAGUUGGGAGGAAGUGGAUUUUCCUCAAAGAGUUUCUGUACAGAAGUAAAAGUGAAGGAAGAAACAAUAGCCACAAGUUUUGGGGCUCUCUAUCUUUUUCACCUUCGAAAGAUAAGAAAAUUACAUCAACUAGAGGCCCAGAGAUUGCAAUUCAUGGAGAGGGGAAGAAGAAAGAGGUGAAAAAGAAAGCUUCAAACGGGGUGGGAAAAAGAAGGGUUCCACCAUCUCCACACGAAUUGCAUUACACUGCAAAACGAGCACAAGCAGAGGAGAUGAAGAAGAAGACAUUCUUGCCAUACAGGCAAGGUUUGUUGGGUUGUAUGGGGUUCAGCUCAAAGAGUUAUAGUGCCAUGAAUGGUUUUGCUAGAGCUUUGAACCCAGUGUCUUCAAGCUAAUGUAUUUUGUUGGGUGGGUUUUGUAUAGAAAUAUAUUUGUUUGUGUUCAUUCCAGUUAUCUCUGUCUUCAUCGAUUGGCAAAGAAAAGAGAAUUCGUCUC